AUGAAGGACGAGUUCGACUUAGAGAUAUCUGGAGCAACACAGCAAGCUGUAUUUAGGCCGCGUGCGGAUAUCGCAACGCAUCCUCACAAGCAGCACCUGGCGGCGCGCCAAGCUGCGGCGUCCAGCGACUAUUUGGAUUCAUCUCCAAAAUCUGGUGGCGUGGUGCAACACGCAACAAAUGUUGCCGUGGCUCACUCACCCACAUUGCUACAACCCGCGCCGCCGACGCUGCCGGCACCUGUUCUUCACCUGCAGCCAGCUCAACCUACAGUCCAUCUGCAGCCUACUCAGCCAUCGACCACUUUAGACCACGAAGGCUGGUCGCCAGUCACAACGCAAGCUCAAGACUUUACUCCAACUCACUCCCCGGAAGCGCAUUUUGCUCAACCCCAACCCCAUCACCAGUUUACGCAGGAGCAGGGGACUCAAGUAUAUGAGCACCAUACGGGUGGUGGCCAGUACGAUGAUCUCCACGACCAGCUGCAGCACCACAUUCAGCAGCAGCUCGAGCAGACGCAGUACGGGCAUCACCAGCUCCACCACCAGCACGCCGCGCUGCAGCCUGGGCAUGAGUAUGGUGUGCCAGAGCAAGACUUCUCCCAGCAAAACACCGACUACUCUUACCACGGACAAGAGUAUGCCCCACACGACCAGCAGUACAUACCUAAUGACCAGCAAUAUACUCAAAACGACCAGCAUUAUCUUCAAUACGGGCAGCAGUUUGGACAUCAAGAUGAACAAUCUAUUCAAAAAGAUCAGCAAUUUCCUCAAAACGACCAACAAUUCGGCCAGAACGACCAACAACAUGAUCAGCACUUCGGCCAACAUGAUCUCCAAUAUGCACAAAACGACCAGCAAUUUGGACAACAAGACCACCAAUUUGCACAACACGACCAACAAUUCGCACAACACGACCAACAAUUCUCGCAACACGACCAACAAUUCUCGCAACACGACCAACAAUUCGCACAGCACGGCCAACAAUACGGGCAACCCGACCACCAAUACGCGCAACAUGACCAACAGUUUUCCCAGCCCGGUCACGAGUACGAGGUAGGUCAGCAGCCGGCGGCGGACUACGGGCUGCCGCAACAGGGGCUGGAGGGGCGGGAGGGCGAUGCGUCGCAGCCAGCUCAGCAAUACCACAACCACAUCCCCCUCGGCCUGCAGCCCCCCAUCAACGAGCCACUCGACCACUUCCGGUAG